AUGGCAACCGUCAAGAGAAGAAACCACGGACGCAACAAGAACGGUCGCGGCCACGUCAAGCCCGUCCGCUGCUCCAACUGCUCUCGCUGCGUCCCCAAGGACAAGGCCAUCAAGCGUUACACCGUUCGUCCUAUGGUCGAGUUGGCUGCCGUCCGUGAUAUCACUGAGGCUCUUGUCUACAAGGAGUACACCUUGCCCAAGUUCUACAUCAAGAUUCACUACUGCAUCUCCUGCGCUGUUCACGCUCACAUUGUCCGUGUCCGCUCCCACGUUGGUCGCCGCAGCCGUGCUCCCCCACCACGCUUCCGUUUCAAGGAUGGCAAGAAGGUUGCCCCCGCUCAGGUCGCCAAGCCUCUGUAA